GGCGGCGGGCAGGAUUAGGUUUCAGGCCGGCGGGGCGUGCCUGAGCGCGCUUCCCCGCGGCGCGGCGCCGUUACUCGGGGGCGGGAAGGGCGAAGGCGGAGAGCGGGGCCCGCAGAGCCGCCCGGAAAAUCCAGGACAAUACUUGUAUGUGCUGUCUCUUACCAUAUUGGAAUAGGAGCUGAGAAGCAGAGAACAUGUUGGAAACAAUUGAUACACAUCGGGCCCUCCAGGCCGUGGAGCGCUUACAGGCAAAGCUUCGGGAUCGAGGUGACAUCGCAAAUGAGGAAAAAUUGAACUUAUUAAAAUCAGUGCUGCAGAGUCCUCUUUUUAAUCAAAUUCUCAACCUUCAAACUUCUGUUCAGCAGCUGAGAGAUCAGGGAAAUAUUACUCCUUCUGUACAUUCCACUGGUGAAUUCCCCCAGCUUCUCCACCAUGGUGUGAAUGUAGGGUCCUUAGUGCAUAAUGAGUCGUAUUUGUUGGCUCAGCAGAAUGGCAGCCCAGCUAAUGUGCUGGAAGCAUCAGUGAGAUCCAUUACUCCACAGAUGAAUGGGAAAUCCUCUAGUGAUGACUUCGAGCAGCUGAUCAGAAAUAUGUCCCAGGGUCGUCCCGUUGAGACAAUUGAGCUUACUAAGCCUCUGAGUGGUGGCCUGGGCUUCAGUGUUGUGGGACUCAAGAGUGAAAACAGAGGAGAACUAGGAAUAUUUGUGCAAGAAAUCCAGGAGGGAAGUGUGGCACAUAGAGAUGGAAAAUUGAAGGAAGCAGAUCAAAUCCUUGCUAUUAAUGGACAAGCCCUUGAUCAGACAAUUACACAUCAACAGGCUAUCAGCAUCCUACAGAAAGCAAAAGAUAAUGUCCAGUUAGUUGUGGCCAGAGGCAAUUUCCCUCAGCUCAUCAGUCCUGUAAUUUCCCGGUCUCCAUCUGCUGCUAGCACAGUUUCAGCCCAUUCCAACCCGGUUCACUGGCAGCAUGUGGAGACCAUAGAGUUGGUGAAUGAUGGCUCAGGUUUGGGAUUUGGGAUAGUUGGUGGAAAGUCAACAGGAGUGAUUGUUAAAACCAUCCUCCCAGGAGGGGUAGCUGAUCAGCAUGGGAGAUUGUGUAGCGGAGACCACAUCUUGAAAAUUGGUGAUACUGACUUGACUGGAAUGAGCAGUGAACAGGUGGCACAAGUUCUGAGGCAGUGUGGAAAUCGGGUGAAACUGGUAAUUGCAAGAGGUCCUGUUGAAGAACCACCUCCACCAGCAGUUCCACCAGGUACUCCAGUACCCAUCUCAAUAUCAGAGAAACAAGCAGAUGUUUCUGUAAAUAGCUGUGAAGAAGGAGAGAAGUUUAACGUGGAACUCACUAAAAACAUCCAGGGAUUAGGAAUAACUAUAGCUGGUUACAUUGGAGACAAAACAUCAGAACCUUCUGGUAUCUUUGUGAAAAGCAUUACAAAAGGCAGCGCUGUUGAACAUGAUGGGAGAAUCCAUGUGGGAGAUCAAAUUAUAGUUGUGGAUGGAACAAAUCUUCAGGGUUUUACUAACCAGCAAGCAGUUGAUGUUUUGCGACACACCGGACAAACAGUUCGGCUCACUUUGAUCAGAAGAGGGCUUAAGCAGGAAAAUUAUAUUCAGCCCCAGGAGGACUUCAGUGCUACUGUUGAGAGGGACUUAAUGUUACAAACAGUGGACAGUGACACAGCCAAAGAUAACGGUGAAACAGAGCAGGGAUCUUCAUCGCUGCCAUGCAGUGUCAGUGUGGUAAACAUCAGAGAGGACAUUAAGCAGCAGGAAACAGAUUUCCAGCUAACUGCUACGGAAGAAGCUGCUAUGAAGGCAAAAUGGCAGAGGAUAAUGGGGUCGAAUUAUGAAAUAGUGGUUGCUGUAGUUAGCAAAUUCAGUGAAAGCAGUGGGCUAGGAAUAAGCCUUGAAGCUACAGUGGGACAUCAUUUCAUCAGAUCAGUCUUACCAGAGGGGCCAGUAGGACGAAGUGGCAAGCUGUUCAGUGGUGAUGAGCUUCUGGAAGUGAAUGAGAUCUCUUUGCUUGGAGAAAGCCACAAGGAUGUGGUCAAUAUCUUGAAAGAACUGCCAAUUAAGGUGACAAUGGUGUGCUGCCGUCCAGUGGCUCCCUCUGUCAGUCACACAGAAGUACUGGAGAGUCUAAGUCUAUCUGAGGUUCAGCUUGCAGAAAAGGCUCAUGUAGAUCUUGGAUUCAUUGACUCUUCGAACACAGACGAAAAAGAUCUGGACAUUUCUGCAGCUCAGAGUAUGGAAGAAAUGCAGAGCUCUUCUUUCACAAUGUGGGAAGCAGAAGUACAGCAUACUGAGCUGGAGAAAGGAAGUAUGGGACUUGGAUUUAGCAUAUUAGACUACCAGGAUCCUGUUGACCCAUCAAAAACUAUAAUUCUAAUUCGCUCAUUAGUUCCCGGUGGUGUGGCUGAGCAAGAUGGCAGACUUUCUCCUGGAGAUCGGCUUAUGUUUGUCAAUGAUAUCAGCUUGGAAAAUGGCAGCCUGGAGGAAGCAGUACAAGCACUGAAAGGAGCCCCAGAAGGAACAGUUAAGAUAGGAGUCGCCAAACCUCUGCCUCUUUCACCAGAAGAGGGCUGUGUCUCUGCUAAGGAAGAUUGCUUUUUCUGCACUGCCCAGUCACUUGAGGAGGAGGGGCCAGCUGAUGCAGCCCUCUUCCGUGCUGAGCUAGCUCUGGUGGACUCCAGUGGAGCUGAUCUAGCUGUUGAAUCUAUCUUUGAAUCUCAAUUUCCUGCGGAGAAUUUAAUAUUCCCGACUUCCACUUCAGCUGCAUCUGACAGCAUCUGUAGUGAGGAUUUCAACUUCACCUUCUCUUUUUCAACCUCAACUCCCAAGAUUGCUGGAAAGGAAUAUUCAAGUUACACAGAUGAUAAUCGUAUAUCUACCGAGAGUCCGUACAGUAUGGAUCUGAAUGAGGGACUGAGAGAACAAAAUUCUGCAGUGGACAGAGGCCUGGAAACUGCAACUUUUGCUGAAGAGGACUUUCAGUCUGUGGCUCUUCUGGAUAUCAAAGAUGAUAAAGGAAUCUUGAUGGAAUCUAGCUGCCUAUUGCCUAUGUACAAAAGUUUCAGAACCUCAGAUACACUGAAAAGCGUCUUUGAGGAGACCAUCACUAUUGCAAAAGGCAAUUCAAGUCUAGGGAUGACAGUAAGUUCUGAUAAAGAUGGCACAGGAAUGAUAGUUCGUAGUGUCAUCCAUGGAGGGUCAAUAAGUCGUGAUGGACGGAUUAGUGUGGGAGACUGCAUCCUGUCCAUUAAUGAAGAAUCAACCACUAACUUAACCAAUGCACAAGCCCGGGCUAUGCUAAGGAGGCAUUCACUCAUUGGACCAGAAAUAAAAUCUUCUCCAGCACCUUCUGAUGAUCAGGCCCUCUUUUAUGUUAUUACAUAUGUGCUAGCAGAAAAUUUACCAAAGUACAGAGCCAGUUUGGAACAACAGUCAGAGGAAACUGUGUCAGUAAUUUCUCCUUCACAAGCUGCCUGCAUCAGGGAAAUCUCAGAGCUUCCAGAACGUGAAGAGGGGGAAGGAGAAGAAAGUGAACUUCAAAAUGCAGCUUUCAGUAACUGGAACCAGCCCAGAAAGGUUGAACUUUGGAGAGAGCCUGGCAAGUCACUGGGGAUCAGCAUUGUUGGAGGACGAGGGAUGGGGAGCCGCCUGAGUAGUGGGGAAGUGAUGAGAGGAAUCUUUAUCAAACACAUCUUGGAAGACAGCCCAGCUGGCAAAAAUGGAACUCUGAAAACUGGAGAUCGGAUUGUUGAGGUGGAUGGAAUUGACCUCAGAGAUGCCAGCCACGAACAAGCUGUGGAAGCCAUUCGGAAGGCAGGCAAUCCUGUAGUCUUUAUGGUACAGAGCAUUAUAAGCAGACCAAGGCCAGAGUCUCUUUAUAGCCCUUCAUCAGCUUCUGCUCUCUGUGAGCAGAAAACUACUAACCCAUUUUAUCGUCAGUCAUCUAAGAACUCUUCCCUGCCUUUCCCGCAGAACUAUGUUUUCUAUAGGCCAGCUAUCUUCAGCAGCACUAACCCAUUUGCUGAUUCUUCUCAGUUCAACGCUAACAAGGCUUUCAGUCAGUCCGAUUCAGAGCCAGAAAAGACUUCAUUUUGUAACUUGCCUCUGCCUCCCCCUUCCACGUUUUCAGGAAUAAGCUGUGAUGUUGCACAGUCAUCUUCCAGCCAAGUUCCAAAGGAUGUAGACAAGGAGGAUGAGUUCGGUUACAGCUGGAAAAAGAUUACACAGCGCUAUGGAAAUCUACCAGGGCAACUACACGUGAUUGAGCUAGAAAAAGGAAGGACUGGUCUGGGACUUAGUCUUGCUGGUAACAAAGACCGAUCCAGGAUGAGUGUCUUUAUAGUGGGAAUUGAUCCAAAUGGUGCAGCUGGCAAAGAUGGCAGGUUACAGAUUGCAGAUGAAUUACUAGAGAUAAAUGGGCAAAUACUCUAUGGAAAGACUCACCAGAAUGCUUCAUCGAUAAUCAAAUGUGCGCCAUCUAAAGUAAAAAUAAUCUUUAUUAGAAAUAAAGAUGCAGUAAAUCAGAUGGCUGUUUGCCCUGCAAAGUCAACAGAGGCUUUACCUUGUACUUCAGAGACACUUCAAAACCAAGAGAUUGAUACUGCUGCAGACUCCAGUGUUUCUUCUGACUUCAGUUCAUAUAAAAAUAUUCAGUAUGUGGAACUCCCUAAGGAUGAAGGAGGUUUGGGAAUUGCCAUUAGUGAAGAAGACACAGUCAGUGGAGUAGUUAUUAAGAGCUUAACAGAUCAUGGUGCAGCAGCAAAGGAUGGAAGAAUCAAAGUUGGGAAUCAGAUCCUGGCAGUGGAUGAUGAAAUUGUUGUGGGCUAUCCAGUAGAAAAGUUUAUCAAUCUUCUGAAGACAUCCAAAAACACAGUGAGGCUUACAAUCAACUCAGGAGAGGCAGAUAGCCAGACCAUAGCUCCAGUCCCUUCCAACGGUGCAUCAAUAGAGAGGAGGAGUAUCCAGCCACCAGCAACUGUUCUCUCUUCCAACUCACCAGAACCAGAAGCAGUCAAAAAUACAAGCAGGUCUUCAACUCCAGCCACCCUAGUUUCUGACCCAGCUACUUGUCCCAUUAUUCCUGGAUGUGAAACAACCAUUGAUAUCUCCAAAGGACGGACUGGUCUUGGUCUAAGCAUUGUUGGAGGAGCAGACACUUUGUUGGGAGCAAUCAUUAUCCAUGAAGUGUAUGAAGAAGGAGCAGCAUCAAAAGAUGGGAGACUCUGGGCUGGGGAUCAGAUAUUAGAGGUGAAUGGAAUUGACCUCAGGAGUGCCACACAUGAUGAAGCAAUAAAUGUUCUCCGACAGACUCCGCAAAAAGUUCGUUUGACUGUGUACAGAGAUGAGGCCCAGUACAAGGAGGAGGACAUGUAUGAUGUACUCACUAUAGAGCUCCAAAAGAAGCCUGGCAAAGGCCUUGGGCUGAGUAUAGUUGGGAAAAGAAAUGAUACAGGGGUGUUUGUGUCAGACAUCGUCAAAGGUGGAAUAGCAGAUACAGAUGGGAGAUUGAUGCAAGGAGAUCAGAUAUUAACAGUGAAUGGAGAAGAUGUUCGAAAUGCUAACCAGGAGGCUGUUGCAGCUUUGCUGAAGUGUUCAUUAGGUACAGUAAGACUAGAGGUUGGAAGAAUAAAAGCUGGCCCAUUCCACUCUGAGAGGAGAACAUCCCAGAGCAGCCAGGUCAGUGAAGGAAGUGGCAGUCUCUCGUCCUUCAGCAUUCCAGCUUCUGUUUCCAGCACACCUGAGGUCUUUGAAAGCAGUCUGAAGAAGAAUACCACAGAUUCUGAAAUACAGGGACUAAGAACAGUUGAAAUAAAAAAGGGCCCAGCAGAUUCACUAGGAGUGAGUAUUGCUGGAGGUGUAGGAAGUCCUCUUGGAGAUAUUCCUAUAUUUAUUGCCAUGAUGCAUCCUAAUGGAGUUGCAGCUCAGACUCAGAAACUCAGGGUUGGGGACAGGAUUGUUAGCAUCUGUGGAACAUCUACUGAGGGCAUGACUCACUCCCAAGCUGUUAGCAUCUUAAAAAAUGCUUCAGGCACUAUUGAGUUACAGGUGGUAGCUGGAGGAGAUGUGAGUGUCAUAACUGGUCAGCAGCAGGAUCCACCUACAUCCAGUCUUUCACUUGCAGGACUAACUUCAACAAGCAUUUUUCAGGAUGAUUUAGGACCUCCUCAGUACAAGACCAUUACUCUGGAUAGAGGACCAGAUGGCCUAGGCUUUAGUAUUGUGGGGGGAUACGGCAGUCCUCAUGGAGACUUACCCAUUUAUGUGAAGACAGUAUUUGCAAAGGGUGCAGCAGCAGAAGAUGGACGCCUGAAGAGGGGGGAUCAAAUCAUUGCUGUGAAUGGGCAGAGUUUAGAAGGGGUGACCCAUGAGGAGGCUGUUGCUAUCCUGAAAAGAACAAAAGGAACAGUCACUUUGACUGUUCUGUCAUGAACUGGCUGCCCAAAGGUGUAGUGUCAACAAGACUAUAUUAUUUACAUUCUACAUAGCAAAGAAAAUGGAAAUGUUUAUAUAACCUUCUUGCUCUUCCAACUUGUCAGCACUGUGUUACAUCACUGAAGAAAAAUAACAUUUCAUCAUAUUUUUGUAUGCAGUAGAAGUGUUACUCUUAUUGUCAAACCACUGGGACGGAGUUAAGUCAUCUGUGGCAAAGACAUGGAUAUUUUGCCUAAUACACCAUAAUGAUAACUUGUAAGUAAAAUUGGAAGAUACUUUGAAUAUUUGAAAUACAUAAGAAAAAUUACAAAGUCACUGAGUCAAAAUGGAGAUGGCAUGAGCAGGAGUAAUCAGAAAACAAUAAGGUUGGAGAAAGAAAGCAUUUACAAAAUACUUUUCAUCCUUUUCUGUGAAUUCUGUAAGUAAUGUGGACGUAGACAGUUAAUGGACUCAGGUGAUUAUUUGUAUUACUAAUAUAGAAGGAGUUGGGAAGGGGAAUUGUCUUUCAUUGUUUUUUUCUUCUGUUUCCUAAUUUCCUAUUUCCUAAGCCUUGCUGUAUCCAAAACGAAAAAGAAAAGAAUUUUGUCUGGCUUACUGUA